CGCAUCGCUGCCGGCGGCCUCUACACCUACCGAGCGACGGCCGUCCUCUGCGGCGGCGAGCAGCGCGGCUUCAAGUACGCCUGGCGCCUGCCUGGGAUGCCGGCCUCGGCUCUGGAGGGCCUGGACAGCGCCACCCUGCGGCUGGACACGGCUCAGCUGGUCUGGCAGUCCGAGUUCGUCCUCACCUGCGUGGUUACCUCGAUGGAUACCGGAGAUGUGGGCACGGGCUCGCUGCGUCUGCGGCCGGUAGGUGGCGGCGUGCGCGCCCGGCUGCCGGCCGAACGACGCUCAGUGUCCGCCGGCCAGCCGGUCUUCCUGGACGGCUCGCGUUCGGCUGACCUGGACAGGCGCCCCGGCUCGCUCGCCUUUACAUGGAGCUGCCAGCUGGCCGACGGCGGCGGCGGCUGCUUCGUCGGCAAACCCGGGGCGCUGCGCCGCCUGGAGCAGCACCUGGGCCAGGAGGCCGUCAGCCAGCCGACUCUGCGUGUGCCGGCAGACCUGCUCGGCGCCGACACGUGGUACCGCUUCACCCUGCGCGUGGAAAAGAACAGUGAUGUGGACGAGGCCUCGACAGAGGUGUUCGUCGGGCGGCAGCGGCGGCCCAGGCUGUGGAUCAACCGCAACCAGGACUUCUUUAGCCCAUAUGAGCCUAUCUACAUUCCGGCUCAGGUGUCGACUGACUGGCGGGUGACGGUGCGUCGCCUGUGCGGGGAGGUGAUCCGCUUCACGCUGCGGGUCGACGCCGAGGGUGAGGAGGCCGACACCUACUCGGCGGAGGUGGAGAUACGCAUGCCGUCGGGGCCGCUGCAGGGCGAACUGGCGGUAAGUGGACGGCUGGGGUCGCACAACUGCCAGCAGGAAUGGCUCUCACUCCUCGAUGCCCGGACAGUGUACGUGGAGGUCUGCUCGGCCGCCGGCAUCUGCCGGUCCGUGGAGAGCGACGCGCCGCAGAGCUCGGGCGAAGCGAGCGACGAGAACGCAGAGAGGAGUCUGGGAGAGCUGUUCGUCGAGGCGACGGAGCGCCACCGGGCGUCGCAGGUGCUGGGCUGGGCGCUGGCCGCUCGGGCGCUGGAGGAGGCGGUGACCACCACCGAGCUGAUGACACGACUGGACCAGGCGCUGACCCAGUUCGACCUGUCCGGAGAUAUCGCCUCCCUCAACAGCCUGCUGCUCGAGGCCGUGGUGCCCAGCGCCACACCCCCAGAGACCUAG